AUGCGCGUUGUUGUUAUGACUCCAUCCGCAGAAGCUACACAAGCUCGCGUUCAGGCUAGAACUCAAUCUCAGGCUGUGAUUGAUGCGGGAAAGGAGGACCAUCAGAGGAAAUCCCCGUAUCGUGUUAUGGUUUCUCUUGCCGUGAUCGUUCUUUCAAAUCUUGUCAUCCCAUACGUCUAUCCAGAACACAGCGAUUUUGAUGGCACUGGUCUUUUUCUUUGCCUCGUUUCCAUGAAAGUCGCUUAUUUCGUGAUCGUCAACACCGAGCAAAACCUUAUCGAGAACCAAGCAGAUUUGGAGGAUAACUCUCCUGUUAUGCUCUGA